AUGGGAACUUUUGGUUACCAUGACAACUCCAUUGAAGGAGACGAAUACAUUCAACGAUUAUCAACUUAUAUCAGGAAGAAUGAAGAAGCAUUAGCUAAUGGAUUACUUUGUUUUAGUAAACAUAGAAAUACAACUUUAAAGGUCAAACCAUUAAGAUUAAGUUUUACAAUUCAUCAUUUAUAUUAUAUAACUGAACGUAUUGAACAAUCUCCACUUGGUGUUGAAGUAGGACCUUUAAAUAUUAAAUUGGAUAAUCCUAAUCAUGAACCUACUUUUAUAUCAUUUAUGGCAAAUAACGCAAGAUCAUCUAAACAUUUUGAAAGUGAUACAAGGUCUAUUUCAUCAAUUAAUUCCAUGAAAUCCAUUGUUUCUAGUGCUAGUGUUUAUUGGAGAUCGGCAGCAAUAAGUAAAGAUCCAAAAGUUAUAAAUAAAGAUAUCAAGUAUUUAUAUUCAUCAUUUACUAAAGUUCCUUGUUUAAUAUUGAGUCCCAAAACAAAGAUUAGUAGUAUAAAUUCGUAUGAAGAAUAUCCUUGUGAUACAUCUGUACCAGUUAAAAUGUUUAAGAAUCUACAGGUUUUAGAAAUGGUUGAUUACGAACCAAAUGAAAUUUUUGGAUGGCAUGUAUUAAGUGAACAAUUAAGAAUUUUAAUUAUUAGAAAAUCAAAAAUCAGUGAUAUGGCAGAAGUCCUUUUCCAUUUAGUUAUUGAUGAUGAAUCAGGUAGACUGAGUUUUAAUUCAUCUUCUUCUCAUACUAAGACAAAAAAAUAUGAUUAUAAUACUACAGGAGUAGGAUCAUCUGCUGAUGAUACUUUUACAGAAAUGAAUGAAAUGUUUAAGCAUAAGCGAGAGAGGGGAUAUACUGCAAAUACAAUGACAAGUUCCUUACCUAAAGAUAUGUAUAUUGAAGCAAAAGAUUAUAAAUCAUUACCGGAAGCAAAAUGGUCAUUUUUGAAACAAUUGACAAUAUCUGAAAGUUCAAUAACAUCUGUACAAUCAUAUAUUUUUAAACCAUUGGUGAAUUUGGUGAAAUUAAAUUUGUCAAAUAAUUUAUUAGAAGAAUUACCUCCAGGUUUAGAUCAAUUGGUUAAUGUUAAAUAUAUCAAUUUUUCUGAUAAUUAUUUAACAUCUUUGAAAAAUUUACCAACAAAUUUAACCCAAUUGAUAACAUUGAAUUUUAAUAAUAAUAAAUUGGAGGAUCUUUGUGGUAUUGAGAAUAUCCCAGCAUUAGAGAAAAUUGAUCUACGAAGAAACAAAUUGAAUAGUUUAAAAGCAUUGAAACCUUUAGUUCUAUUAUACAAGAAUGGGAAAACCAAAAUUGACAACAUUUAUUUGUCACAAAACAAUUUGGCCAAAAAUUAUAGAAGCGAAUUAUUUAAUUUAUUCAAUGGGGUAAGAUAUAAGAAUUAUAUGAAACUUGAUGAUUCACGUCCAGGGUAUUUUGAGAAAGCUAUGUUACUUGAUUCAGAAGCCGCAAUUAAGAACUUGGAAAAGUUUUUGCAACCAGAAGAAGAAAUCGAGCAAGAGGGAAUAAAUGGAGAGGAAACAGAACAACAACAGCAAAGACUACUAGUUAGAAAACAACGCAAGUCUCCACAACCAAAAGAUCAAUUACCAGCACCAGUACCAGUCGCUGCACCAGUAUUGAACAGAACUACUACUUCCACUUUGGUUUCAUCAACAGUUAAUGCCAAUGAUACAUUAACUGAAGCAUUUUCACAAGUAAAAAUAGAAGAUGAACCAAGAGUUAAGAAGUAUGAAUUAUCUCAUACAGUCAUAUCCACGUCCCUUUCUUUAUUAUCCACACCAACAUCUCCUUUGCAUACCAACCACAAUACAACCAAUAAAUCACCAAUUUCUAAACCAAUGACGCAUUUAAAUAACUCCAAUAGUUCCAUUCCGUCUAGUCCUUCACUUAAAAGAUCAGCUACAUUAGUUGAUAUUGAAAACUCAACCACUGCUCCAAAUAUUGUUACCCAAGUCCAAGUCACCGCACGUAUGAGUACAUGA